CCAUUUGGGCCCAAGCCGCGUCGGUUUGAAGUGCACAGGAAGGACAACAACCAGACCGCGCGAGCCAUGCUCACCCUCGCUGUGGCGGCCUGCCUUGCUGCAGCCGUGGCCGCGGACCCCGCGGAGCCCGUGGCUGUCGACAGCGGCGUGACGCCGAUGACGGAGCUGCGCGGUGCGGAACGCGCGCUCUCGACCGAGAGCGAGGACCCCAUGUGCGACGCCGCGCAGACCAUGUUGCGGAACUCCGUGGAGGCGGAAUGCAACGUGACCGACGUCGUUUGCGUGUACAAGCGGGACGGAGACUGCGACGACUGGUGCAGCCCCAGCUCCCAGUGCGGCUACAUCCUGGACAACCCGUUCGUGCAGUUCCACGACUUCUCGUGCGUCAUCACCGCCACUUCGCCAGUGUCGGUGACUGGCUCGGUCACGUGCCACCCGCAGCUGACGGCCAAGGCCAUCGCCCUGCUGGUCGCGGCGGCAGUCGUUCUUUGCGGCUGCUGCUGCUGCACGGUGUGGUGCUGCUGCUGCCGCCGCCGCCGCCGCUGA